AUGGCUUCAAUGUUCUCAGAUGAGCUUAAUUAUCUUAUAUUUAGAUAUCUUUCAGAAAAUGGUUUUGUGCAUACAGCUUUCGCUUUCAGUUGUGAAUCCGGUGUUGCCACUUCUGAUAUAGAUUACAAUAAUGUGCCAAACGGGAGUCUUAUUACUAUUGUUCAGAAAGGAAUUUUAUAUGCACAUGCUGAAGUACAAGAAUUUUUAGCUGAUAAAGGAAAAUCUAAGGAUGAAAUUGAGGGAGUUAAACUCAGUCUUAUUGAAUCGGUAACUCCAAAGAAUUCUGGUAUUGAUAUAAAUCAGUUAAAACAAGACAAUAACUCUAAUUCAACACAUCAACCUAACGGCGGUAUAAAUGAGAAUACAUCAAAUGCGAUAAAUAGUAUGAUGAAUGGGUUAAAUGAUUAUAAAAAUAUGCAGUUGCCAUCUACAUCUGGUUUACUGGAUGACUCAGUAUCUAUGGACACGUCAAAUGAUUUAGAUAAAACUAAAAAUAAGGAAAGAAUUGAUAGACUUAACAAAUUAAAUGUUUCAGGAAUUAAACCUAAAAAAGAAAUUGAUAACCGUACAACACAAAAUAAUCGUGAUCGUCUUUCUCCUGUUAACAAAUUUCAUAUUUCUUCAUUAACUAAAGGAGAUUCUACACUUGUCAAUAAUGAGAAAGAUCGUAAAGAUUUAAAUAUUGAGAAUGCUAUUAUUAAUAUGAGUAAUGGUAUAAAUGCAUCUCUACAUUCUAUAGUAACAUCAACGAAUGGACAAUUAAACUCAUUAAAUAAUACAAUGAUUCACAACAAAUUUUUAAGUCAAAAUUUACCUAAUUAUACUACUUUAAAAUCACCGGCUUCAAUUUCUGCACCGAAUCCAAAUUAUACAAGUUUAUCUAAUAUCAGUAACGGGUGUGUCAAUAUUGCAUAA